CAAUUUUCAACCAAGACGGUUGAACACGAAAUACCUAGAAUGGGCGAUACUACUUCUAGGAUGACGACAAAAGUUUUGGAAAAACAAAAUGAACAGAGUCAUUUAACAAUAACAAGCAAAGGAAAAGAUUUAAAGUUAGAACCUCCGACCACUCCUCAGUUUACAAGACCUAUAGUCAAAAAUCAACAACAACAAACUCAGGAAUCAGCAUUAAAAGAAGACGGAAUCGGAUCGACUCAGAAAAGUUGUCAACGUGUAGCACCAGCAGCAGCCUUAAAAGAAAAGGGAAUCUCUCAACCUUACGCAGUAAUUCUCCCAUUAGAAUCUGGUAGUUAUGAGGACGAACAGCAACAACCCCAGGAAUCAGCAUCAAAAGGAGACGGAAAUGAAUCGACGGGAAAAAGAUGUCAACGUACAGCACCAGUAGCAAUCCCAAAAGAAAAGGAUAUACUUCAACCUCAAGCAGAGAUUCCCUCUUCAGAAAAUGAAAUUUGGGAGGAUGAACAACAGCAACCUCAGAAAUCAACAUCAAAAAGAAAAAAAGGAUCUGCGUGGAAAAGGCGUCAACGCGCAGUCAUGAAAGGAAAGAAAGUCUCUCAGUUUCAAACAGCGAUUCCCCUUCCAGAAGAUGAUUGUUGGGAGGAUGUGGAAGAUGAGGAAGUAGAAUGGUACACAUCAGACCAGACUAUCAUCAAAAACAAUGAAAAGAUAUUGGAGUGGAAACGACAACAUCAAGAAAGAAAUCAAGAAAGCAGGGGAGGAUGUAAAACCUGGAAGGAAGCUACUGUAAGAGACCUUUAUAAUGAACUUGAAUAUGUCUCAAGGAUGGAUCCAAGAAAAAGAGAUGAAUUCUUUACAACAAACGGGUGGAAAUUUGAUUUAAACUCGAAAACCCAAUGA